AGGCGACUUUGACCCCUAGUUUGUGCACGUGUCUGUGUGUGUGUGUGUGUGUGUGUGUGAGGAAAACAUUUCUCUUUUCCCCCUCCCUCCCUCACUCUCACACACUCUCACAUGCUUUGGACGAAAGCGUGCGCCAAAUUACAUGCAGACUUUUUGCAUCAAGUGGUGAAAACUUGGAAGAGAAACUUUCCUCCUCUCUCUUCGCUCAGCUGCCCGAACUCACUCGCGUCUCUCGGCAGAUGGAGUGAGGAAAGAGCGUUUCUCGGGACAGCACACGGAUAUGGCUCACACGCCCAAAACUCCACUACGGAGGUCCUUCAGCGAGCAUGUGAAGGACUCCACCAAUAAGGCUUGGGAUAUAUUCUGGAGGAGCGCACGUGAGAAACGUCUAUCAGAAAUCGAAGCAAAGGAGACUUGUGACUGGCUCCGAGCCGCCGGCUUCCCUCAGUAUGCACAGCUUUUCAAAAAUUGCCACAUUCCUAUUGAUAUAGACUGGGUGAAGAGUGACCAUGAUUUCCUGGACAGUGACACAUUAGACUCUCUCUGCAGGAGACUAAACACAUUAAACAAAUGUAUGGAGAUGAAGCUGGAUCUGAGCAGAUACAAACGAAGAGGUGUGGUUGAUGACGAUGUGGAGCCCUGUGCCAUCAGCCCCAAAUGGUCCUACGACCGGAAGAGUAGGCGCUGGAUACGUACAGAUGGUAUGGACUUUCUGCCAUCUGUGGACAGCCCAAGACUGAGAAGGUCUGAAAGCUGUGAGGCAUCUCUAUCAGACAGCAGUGAGCACCAUGAGAUUCUGUCCAUGCACAGCUCAAGCAGCGCAGACAGUGAUUGCGGUGGUACCACACUCAAAACUUCUGAGGAGCCUGAGACAAGCCGGAGCUCCUCUAGAUGCUCCUUCACCUCCAAAAAUUUGUCUCCAGACAGCUCAUACAGUGGACCUCCAUCUCCCGGGGAGCCUCAUAACAUCAGCAGUGAAGAGCGCUUCCGUGAGAAGCCUCCCCUGAAAAAGGGUCAGAGCCUUCUUCGCAAGAUGGACAAGCUCAGACUCCGAGGGUCAACGCUAUGGCCCCACGGCCAAGGUGGAAAACCACGGUUAGUCAUUGGUAGUCCUGUACUUCAGGACAAGCACGAGGAACUUCACCAUCUGAGCCUUUCAGGACUCUCAGAUAAGACAUCUAGCCAACUGUCCUGUGCACCACCAUAUGGCUCCAGCAGUAGUCCCUCAGAGAACAGCAGUGCAGUCAGUACACCCAGUCCAAUCACCAAGGUGCGUAGUAACUGUAAAAGACAGAACACUCAAUCAAAGGCAGAAGAACAAGUCUGUGAGCAAGAGCAACCCAACCAGCACGGUCUCAAUGGUAACACCAUCUUUGAGAUUCCACAUGGUCACAAGCCAGGCACUUUUCCGACCAUUUUGCACAAUACUGUGACGUCACCCAUUGAUAACACCUCCGUCAACUGGAGGACCGGAAGCUUUCAUGGAUACCAUCGGCGUAGAUGUCGAAGCAGUCCGUCCAAAGACCAAGAACCACCAUGCAGUCCUCUGGCGGUACAAGACCAUCGUGCUAGCAUUUACGACAACGUCCCAGAUCAUUUGCAAAUUAUGGAUGACGAUGUGUUUUCAGCCUUGGAUAGUGUAAUGGAACGUAUUACUGGACUACAGCAACUGGUCACUUCAUGGACAGACAAACUGCCUGAAGAUGGUGAUUCAGAUUUCUCCCAUUCCAACUCUCCUUCCCCAUCUUCUCUGACUGACAUCCACCUUGAGAUCAAAGAGCAGAGUGAAACGGGCCAAAAUGGCCCAAAGCAAAAUUGCAACAAAAUCUCACAGGAGUUGUCAAAUACGGUGCAAAUCUCUGGUGCUCAGAAACUUUACUGGUGCAGUGAACAGAUCUUCUCAACACCUUGCCCCACUACCCGAGCCAUCGAUUCCCAACUUGCUCCUUGUGUUUCAAAGCUGCAGAGACUGAGUCUGCUCAGACUGACUGUCCUCAUGGAUAAACACUCGCCCUUCAGCAAGCAAGGAUGGAACUGGACAGUUCCGAAAGUCUACAGGAAGAUGAAGGGUUCGGAGCACAAGAACAGGAAGGUGUUUGGUGUCCCUUUGCUUCAGAGUGUUCAGCGGUCAGGGAAACCGCUGCCCCCGAGCAUCCUCAGAGCAAUGGAGUACCUUAAGACUGAAUGCCUGGAUCAGGUUGGCCUUUUCCGGAAAUCUGGGGUCAAAUCUCGAAUCCAGUAUCUAAGAGACAUGAUCGAGGCUGACCCUGACGGCUUCUCCUUUGAGGACCAGUCCGCGUUUGAUGUAGCCGACAUGAUAAAGCAAUAUUUCCGAGACCUACCCGAACCCAUUUUUUCCAGCAAGCUGUGCGAGAGCUUCCUGCACAUCUACCAGUACUUCCCAAAGGAUCAGCAGUUUGCAGCAGUCCAGGCUGCCAUCUUCAUCCUGCCUGACGAGAACCGAGAAGCUCUUCAGUGCCUCCUCUUCUUCCUCCAUGAAGUGGUGGCCUGUGUGGAGGAAAACCAGAUGACUCCGACCAAUAUCGCUGUUUGUUUGGCUCCAUCGCUGUUCCAUCUCAACGUCCUCAAGAGAGACAGCACCAGCAGCAGGGCAGGUCAAAGGAAGUAUAGCUUGGGAAGACCAGACCAGAGAGAUCUGAGUGAGAACCUGGCUGCUACUCAAGGGCUGGCGCAUAUGGUGACGGAGUGUACACAACUGUUCCAGCUGCCACAUUACUGGCUGGAUAGGAAUCCCGAAGACGGGAUUGUGGAUGGAGGCUCUGCUUUAAACACAAUUGAGACCGAUCUAGCGGACCGCGCCCGGCUAGACAUCUCGGUCCAGCAGCUCCUGAGGGAAGCGAGGGAGAAGGGCAAAAGCUGGGUCACCUGCUCCACCUUGGAUCAUGUGGAUGUGGCUUUUAAAAAGGUGGAGGAUGGAUACCCACUGGCGUUGUGGAGAGGGACAGUAGAAGUGGACGCUCCACAGAAAGAUGUUUUUCAUCGUGUCCUGAGAGAACACGACCAGUGGCAGAGCGAGCUCCUGCACAGCGAGGUCGAGACCUUGGACAAGGAUUCAGAGAUCUACCAGUACACCCUGCAGGCGGCUGGCACCCGACCACCACUGCAACAUCUGCUUUUGAGGACGUGGAGGUCUGAUCCUUCAUCAGGACCUCUGUUCGUAGCAGCCACUUCAGUGGACCACGCUGACGCACCGAGCCGGGGGGUUACAGCCCAAGUACUGUGCUGCAUGUUCCUGGUGGAGGCGACGGGGACAAAGAAGUCACGACUCACACACUUCUGGUGCAUGGAUACCAGGGGCCGAUCUCUGGAGUGGCACCAUAAAGUCGGUGGGCAUCUGCUUUCACACAGCCUGGUGGCAAUUAAAGACUCCUUUAAGCCCAAGAUGAAAGAUGCCAAGCUAUGAAAGGACACAGAGGAGCCAAAUGAGGUAAAAAAAAAAACAAAAACCACAAAAACAAAAACAAAAAAAAAACAUUACGUCGUAUGAGGAGCCACAUCCAGAAAGGAGACACAUCCAGAGCUUUUGUAAUGCAGAGAAGAUUCCAGUUGAGGAAGAAGAGCAAGCGUAUGAUGGGAUGAGAUGUUCCAGGACAGUCGGUCUGCUUGGCUUAUCAAGACUGACAAGGAAGAGUGUCAGAGUAAUGAAAUGUCGUAUCCCAUUUGAAGGACCGUUUCACAAGCUAACACACAGCGAAUGUUGUCUCUGACAGCUGCGAAGGGUUUGCGAAAGGACGUCUGGGUGGCUGUGUGAAAAUCGGCUUUUUUGGGGCUUCCAUGGUGUGUGAUGUGGAAAGGUCAACGCCGGCUGCGGCUCAUGAGGGUAGAUUUUGGUAAAGCAGAACUUUUCUAUACAGCAUGUGGGUUUCCAUGAAAUGAACCUGGGUUGCCAGGUUUUUGCAACAUGUACAUCUACAACACCUUAAAAAACAACAACUUUGAUUUGAAAAAGGCCGACUCCAUCUGCAGAACCGUAGUUUGUGAAUAUUUUUAGAUUUAUUAUCAAUUAUUUGCGCUAAAUAAAAUCUUGGAGGCUCAGCUUGGUGUAAAAAAAAAAUAAAAAUAUGCAACCCUGGCAACCAGGUUAUUAUCUAUCCUGUCUUCUGAUAAAUAUAUUGAUAUCGUGAGCAUGGGGCAGCAUGAUUCUUGCCCCAAUUGGCCUCUAUUUAUUUGCGCUUCUCGCUUGCAGUUUCUUUGUUUGACCACUAGGUGCAAUAAUAACUUUCUGUUAGUAAACAGAGUCGCGAUCGGGCCUUACUACGCUCUAUAAAGUCGAGCAAAUCAAAGUGGUCAAAUAUCAGGGCUUUUAAAACUUGUUCAAAAGUAUUAUUGUAGUAUUUUGCCAGAAUGUAAAACUAUUGCACAUUUGGACUUUAUGAAGUUUGUUUGUUAAACAAUUUUACAGCGGGAAGAUUCGCCACUGGUUUCGUCAAAGCGAUUCAUGACGGAAACCAUAACAAAUAUUCGCAUAUUUAUUCUGAAGCAUUUGUGACAACUCCGGAGAAGGCAGGGAUGUGAUCCAGAAUAUUCUAACAAACUUUAAUGACGUUUCACUAAAUUUCACAAAUUCCGCUGCCGUAUGAAUAUGUAUUGGUACAUAUUUAAAAAUGAUUUAUUUGAAUGGACUUAUAAAUCUUUUUAUGAUGACUUAAUAUAAUUUACCAUUUAUUAAAUGUUACAGAAGAGAUUAUUUAAACGUAUCUAAACCUUUAAAGAUGCCUCGGACUGGCCGAGCUGCUUUAUUCUGUUUUUCUUCACGCCACAUUAGGCUACCUGUUAAGCUAAUUAGCUCUACUGAAGUGCAUUCUUUGUUAAAAAUACAUAUAUAUAUA